UUUGCACUUGUUGCACGCUAAUAAAAAUAAGAAAAAAUAAGUGUGAGUGUGUUCUUGUUUUGAAUUAAUCAAGUCAGAAUACCUGAUAAUUAAAAACUUGAUUUGCAGGCCAAAAGCCCCAGCUGCCGUCCAGUCCAGUCAGUCAGCAAUUAAAAGCCCAACGUGUUUUUUGUUUUUGAGUCAUUUACCCUGUCGAUUUACGAGCAAAUUUUCAGUUUUUGGAUUUUCGUGUUUCGAGUUGAGUUCAGUUGAGUUUAAGCCGUCAAGCUGGCUACACGUAUCAUGUCCGCGGGUCGCGUCGUUGUCUAUGGUGGCAAAGGAGCUUUGGGCUCCGCUUGCGUCGAUCACUUCAAAGCCAAUAACUAUUGGGUCGGCAGCAUUGAUCUAAGUGAAAAUGAGAAGGCCGACUUCAGCGUUGUGGUGCCUCGCGACGUCAGCUGGGAGGAUCAGGAGUCGGCUGUAAUCGGCAAAGUGGGUGAAUCUCUUGCUGGCCAGAAACUCGAUGCAGUCAUCUGCGUGGCAGGCGGCUGGGCAGGUGGAAAUGCCAAGAAAGAUCUGGCCAAGAAUGCGGAUCUGAUGUGGCGCCAGAGCGUUUGGAGCUCCAGCAUUUCAGCUGCACUCGCCGCACAGCAUCUCAAGGAUGGCGGCUUAUUGGCCUUGACUGGUGCUAAGCCUGCGCUGGAGGGCACACCCGGCAUGAUUGGCUAUGGCAUGGCCAAGGCUGCAGUGCAUCAAUUGACACGUUCGCUGGCUGGCGAGAAUUCGGGUUUGCCCUGCGAUUCGCUGGUCGUUUCGAUUCUGCCCGUCACCCUCGACACGCCCAUGAAUCGCAAAUGGAUGCCCAAAGCAGAUUUUGGCACAUGGACACCACUCACCGAGGUCGCUCAGCUCUUCCGCAAAUGGACUCAGGCCGAGGAUCGGCCCAAGAAUGGUUCGCUUCUGCAGCUCAUCACAAAGGAUGGCGUCACGCAACUGGUAGCAGCGAAUUAGGCAACGACAAACGCAUUUCUUGAUAAGGACAACAACGACGGAAAAAUCCACACAAUAUACAUCAAUGCAUAUAUACUUAUAAAUAAAUAAAUAUAUAUAUAUAAAUAUAUAUUAGCUAGCUUGUCUUUAAAUACACUGUUAAAAACGA